GGAGGCUUGUUCAAUUUUUUCCACAAGCUCUCAAACUGCAAAUGUUCCUUGCAGCUCAGGGGAAAGAUUAGGCUAUCAAUCUGCUCCACUCAUAUUGUCACUGGCGAGGCGAGACCGGAGCUGCUCGGCAGACACUGAAACACACAAUCUGUAAGGCAAAUUAUUCCCGGCACUGUUAUCAUCAUCAUUUAUUACUGCGCUGACACUUUUCAGCAAUCAGCAAGGAACACAAUAUUUCAAUGCGGCUUGUAAAGAUGCUAUAUCCACUUUUCAGAACAUAACGAGACAAUAUGGUGUAGUUUAGUUUUUAGUGCAUACAAAUACCCCUCCCUCUUUACUGUGAUUGUUCAUGAAUCUUUGGAUAAGAAACUGACAUAAUUGCAUCAUUGCAUCAAAUGAGAUAUAGAUGCAUAUAUAGGCCUAUGCAUAUACCCUGCUUAUCCAUGUGCUAAAUUCUUAAAUGUGUUUUCACAAUGUCUCUGAGGCUAAACUUGGAAGCACCAUCAUAGCGUCAUUGCCUUAAAAAUAGAUAGAAGCACGAGAAAUAGGGUCUGCACACUCCCUCCUCUCCUUGUCAAUGUGUUAGUAUAAUGCCUUACGCCCGAAGGAUGAUUGAUGGUGACGUUGAAUGCACUUGCUACCGCUCAGUGUCUUAAAUAAAAGAGCUUAAUCACGCCGUGACUUGACGACCCAAAUGCUCUCCCGACAAAUUACACUGGCGGAUAUUAAUGAUACCAUAUUAUUCAAACUCGAAAGGAGGGCUGAUUUAAACAUGACUUUGACUUCCAAUAUAGCCUAUGAUAUCAGUAGUCGUUUGGAUCACACGCGCGCUCCGCAGGCUACAGUGCACUACUUUCCUGCUAAGCCCUUAAAUUAGAACACGCAGUUCCCUUUCAGAUGCAGAGUGCACACUAAUUGUUUGUCUUUUAUCGUGGUGGUGACGCUAUAUAGUCACUUUUGCAGCGUGUUGUGUAGACCACAGCCUUGCAUGACAUAAACCGUUUAAAGUGCUCAAAUGCAACGUAGCAUUAUCGGGCCAGUUGUUCGUUCAUAUUAUUUGCGAAUUGAUUUGCUUUUAGCCCUUGUCAACUCGAGUCUAUUUUCAGCGUGCCUCGGCUUGUCCACCCCCCUCCUUCCACGCCCCCCGCACUCUAUUUCCAUAAUGUUAAUAUGAUCUAAUGCGCAACUUCAUUUUCCAUAUCAGACGAUAACAUGAUGGUGUUGAUUAUUAUCACAUUAAAAUACGUUGCAGUAGGACAUAGCCUACUAUUUUAUGGUUGCACCUAUUUGUGAGCAAGCCUCAUUUCCCCGUGACAUUAGAUAAAACAUUGCAUAAGGUAUAAAAAUAGCUGACGUUAAUGUUGCAUCCUGUAAUUUGGGCUAUGCAACGUGAUCCAACUUUCUUUUUUGUCACCGCUGUAGGCAGGUCUUGGUUAAUCUGACGAGAAUGUGUUCUUAGCAACUUCCUCUUUCGUUUGCGAAAACACGUUAGUCGCUUAUGUUCUGCAGCAAUACUCCGUUUAAAAGGUCAUUAGGCUAUUGUUUAAAACUUGUUAUAGGCUACAGAUAUUCUACACUGGAAUGUUUCAGCCUAAGCGUUCACCUAAGUAUGACUAGACGGAAGUGACAAUACUUGCAAUUAUUUUAUAGUCAAUAUUUUCUUAAUCGGAAUUUGAAUAAAUAUUAUUACACUUUAGUCAUUCAUCUAACGUCCGCUCGCUACAAAGACCUGCGCAUGUACUAUUGAGAAUGAUUUCGACCCUGUCCCUUGAUCGCAAAACAAAUUAGUUUUAGCCUAGCCUACAAUAAAGGCACAGUUUCAAUCCUACAUAAAGCAAGACAGGGCAAGCUCGAGUUCCUUAAAAUGGUUAUCCACUCUCGUUACACGAGUCAUAUUCAUAAACAUAAUGGCAGCAAUUCAAAGCAUACUGUUUCCAUUGCUCGUCACUACCUCUUUCCUUCCAGUGAAACAAAACGUAACAUGCAUUUGCAACAUUGUACCAAGGGUUGCAACAACAGCACAAGAGAUACGCGUCUGUUUCUUAGAAUAAAAUGUCGCCUCUUCAUCAACCAGAACAGAGGUUAAAUAUUGUGUAAAUUUCAGAGCGAAGUUACAGUAGGGUACACGCAUUCUAGAAAUAGGAAGAAGAGCGCCCCUGAAUCUCUGCAGGUCUGCAGGAAAUGUUCUUUCUAUUACACAUACAAACGUCCUCGCCACAGGUCCUGUUAGGACCGUUAGCAAUCCAUUCAAGCCAACAAGUUUGGAGAGAAUGUUGAGUUUAAUCAAUUCAGAACGUCGAGAUGGAGCCCAACUCACUCAUGUGGGUAGGCUCACCUUGUGGUUUGCACGGACCUUACAUUUUCUACAAGGCAUUUCGAUUUCACCUUGAAGGCAAACCAAGAAUAUUAUCCCUCGGCGACUUUUUCUUCGUAAGAUGUAAGCCAGGGGAUCCGAUUUGCAUAGCGGAGCUCCAGUUGUUAUGGGAAGAAAGGACAAGCAAGCAACUUUUAUCCAGCUCCAAACUUUAUUUUCUCCCAGAAGAUACUCCCUUGGGAAGGACUGUCAGUCAUGGAGAGGACGAGGUGAUCGCCGUGUCAGAGAAGGUAAUCGUGCGGCUCGAAGACCUGGUGAAAUGGACGGUGUGGGACUCCUCGUGCUGGAGGAAGGGCCUGAAGGCCGUGCCUCUGAAGCCCACCGUGCUGAGGGAGCUGGGCAAGAACGGCCAGCGGGAGGCCCUCCACCGCUACCGCGAGUCCACGCUCAACAGCGGCCUCAACUUCAAAGACGUGCUCAAGGAGAAGGCCGAGCUAGGUGAGGACGGCGAGGACAGACGGGCCCUGGUCCUGAGCUACCCACAGUACUGCCGGUACCGGUCCGUCAUCGCCCGGCUGCGUGAGCGGCCCAACUCCCUGCUGACGGACCAGAUAGUGCUGGCACUGGGCGGGAUCGCCUCGCUCACCAACAACACCCAGAUCCUCUACUGCAGGGACACCUUCGAGCACCCCACGCUCGUGGAGAACGAGAGCGUCUGCGACGAAUUCGCUCCCAAUCUGAAGGGCCGGCCCCGGAAGAAGAAGCUGUCCAUCUCCCAGCGGCGGGACUCUCAGGGCCAGAGCACAGCAGCCAAGGAGCCCGGCGGCUCCGAGAGCAAGACCCCUGCCAAGGUAAAGGCAGAAACAAAGGCUGUGACGGCAUCCAACAAGCCCAAGAACAGCAGCAGCAGCAGCAGCAGCAAUGGCGGCAACUGCAAGAAGUCCACAUCAGCGGAGGAGAAGCUGAAGGCUGGCGCCGGGGACGAGGGCAGCGAGGCAGACGAGGAGCAGGCCUUCCUCGUCUCCCUCUACAAGUACAUGAAAGAGAGGAAGACACCCAUCGAGAGGAUACCCUACCUCGGCUUCAAACAGAUCAACCUUUGGACUAUGUUUCAAGCUGCUCAGAAGCUGGGAGGAUACGAGGUGAUCACCGCUCGCCGACAGUGGAAAAAUGUAUACGAUGAACUGGGCGGUAACCCGGGAAGCACCAGCGCAGCCACGUGCACUCGGAGACACUACGAAAGGCUCAUUCUCCCCUACGAGAGGUACACCAAAGGAGAGGAGGACAGGCCCCUGCCCCCCGUCAAGCCCCGCCGGCACGAGGGCAACGGCCAGGAGAGCAGCCCCGCCGUCUCCAGGACGAAAGCCACCGCCGGCGGCACCAAGCGGUCCAAAGAGGAGCAGAGCAGCAGGCUCAAGCCUGACAAGGAGGCGUCCGCCAUCAAAGACUCCGAAUGCCCAGAGGACCAGAAGAAGGAGGAGCUGGAAGAGCAUGACGAUGAUGAAGAUGAUGAUGAAGAUGACGAUGAUGAAAAGGAGCAGACCAAACCGGAAGUGCAAGGAGAGCCCGAGAGCAGGAGCACCAAGGAGGAAGACGAGGAGGACGAGGAGGAGGUGGUAGAGGUCAAGCCGGAGGUGAAGGAGGAGCCUGACAGUGUCUGCAGCCUGGAGAGAACGGCGCCCCCUCGCAGUGCACUCUGGGAUGGUGGGCGGCCCAUCAGCCCUGCUGGUGACUUGGCGGUCGCCACCCCUCAGGCGGACAUGAACGUCAUGAGAUUUAAAGACGAUGAAGUGUUUGCGGUGGCCGCUCCCGCCAAAUCUGUCCACUACACCGUUACCAACCCGUGGCAGUCGGGGGUGGGCGAGUUUGCCGUGCCCCCUCUGCUGAGCAAGAUGGGCAUCCCGGAGCCUGCUGGGACGAAAGAGAACCAGUGCCAUGUGGGAAUGGUGCUGCCCACCCUGCAGCAACGACCCUCCCUUCAGCCCCUCCUGGCUCCAGAGAUCCCCACGGAGCGGGCCGAGCUGCCCAGCAGAGAGGAGGCCUCAUUCAGCUACUCUCCCCUCCUGUACCCCAAGGCCAACCCUGGUAUCAUGUCCCCCUUGGCCAAGAAGAAGCUCCUCUCUCAGGUCAGCGGAACGGCCCUUUCCAACAACUACUCCUUUGGGCCGCCGCCUCCACUCAUCCCCAAUAAAGCCUCGGGUCUCGGGGCAGAGGGGGCGGAGGAGGCCUUGUCAGCGCCAGGAUCGCUGGCCUCGUCCGGGUCGGAGGGUGGGUUCAUCAGCAGGCCGUCUGUGAUCCAGCAUGCCCAGAGCUUCAGGCCCCAUGGGUGUGUGGAGGAACUGAGACCCCCCAACAAAGAGGCAUUGCAGAGGGAUGGUAGUGGGGUGUCGUUGUCGGAGCCUUACUCCACCCACCACCACCCACACCCCCACCCCCACCCCCACCUCCAUCCCCACCCUCAUGCUCAUCCUCACCCCCACCCGCAUGCUCAUCCUCAUCCCCAACCCCAGCACGGCCCAACAGUUGAACCAUACCUACUGAGGGCGGAGUCGCAUGGCGGAAUGGAGAAGCCUCCAGACACGCCCCGGCCAGGCCACGCCCCUAGUUUUCUCGGUGACUUUUACUCGUCCCCGCACCUGCACAAUCUGUACAGGCAGGCGGAGCACCACCUGGGCAAGGAGCACCUGAGCAAAUACCUGCACAGGGAGGCCUUUCCAAGAGACUGUGAGAGCACACCAGGCUUUCCUUCGGGCCAGCAUCAGCCGCCUCCGGACAGUAUUGGUCUGGUGUACGGGGUCUGCCUGACCCAGAAAGACAAACUCCCCUCAGGGGGGGAAAGGACCACGGAGGACCAACCCACAGACUUGAGCCUGCCGAAGUGCUCCCCUCCCAAACCGCCCCCUUCCUCUCCCUCCUUGUGCAGUCUGUCCCAUCCACCCAUCAUCCCUCCUCAGGACUUGAAGUUGACCAACACUUCCCUCCCCUACCAGACCGCCAGCGGGCAGGGCUCCAGUCUGGACUACCACCCCAGGGCUUGUCGGGUUCCCCCGAUGACCAUAUCCGCCCCCAAGAAUCCAACAGAGCCCCUUCCGCACCAUCAACCACUCCCUCGGGGCCUUGACAAGGCCUCGCACAACGGACGGCCAGAGGAGCCGAACGUCGGAUUCAAGGUGGAGGAACUGGCGCGACCCAUCCUGGGCACAAAGAGCUGCCCGCAGAACGUUGGUGCCGCUCGGCCCCUGAAGAGACCACUAGGGGAGCUAGAGAGCGGACUCCCGGAGAAGAAGGUGCGCGCCGUGACGCCCAUGCACUGUUCCAUGCCAAGGGAGGUCCCCUGCAAGCAACGUACGCCGAGUCCCGCGGCGGAACCGGUGAAGCCAGCGACCCCAACACCGCCUCAUGCCACACUCAUCAAUGGAUACGCCCCAGAGAGCCACAAAUACCCCCUCCAUACCCCACACAUAUUCCAUGGCCUGUACCCAGGGGCCUUUGUGUCUCAGAUGCAGGACAUGUGCGACGGCAUGGGUGGCCCAGUGCCUGCUGGGUACUCUCACCAGUUGCAGUACUUGAAGAACCAGGCCGUCCUCUCUCCGCUCGUCCCUCCCUUCGCCAUCCAUUCCUUCAUGAUGCAGAGACAACUAUUGGCUCAGGCCGCUGCCAGCCCCGCCCACCUCUACCAACAUCCAAUGGGGGCAUCCUACGGGGACCUGCUGCAUCACGGCCUAUACCCCAUGUCCGCCCUUAACCACCAGCCCGCCUUCAGUCCCCCGCAACUUCAACACCCCAGCACCAAACUGUCCUAGGCAACCCCCCCCCCCCCCCCUUCAUGUGACAUUCCCAAUCACCCCCACCCCACCCCACUGACACUUACAUGGUGCUUCGUCUCCCAGACAACCACACCUAGUGCUGUCAUCCACACAAGACAGUGGACGUUAUACUGUAGAUGCUUUGACCUGGGAAGCAACCUGAUUUCUUCUCUUUUGCCACUUAAUGUUUAUUUUCAUGAUUUGCACAUUUUCCCUCUUGGUUGUUGCAAUGGACCCAGCCAGUGGCGACAACCACCAUUUUGGCUCUCUCGCGUUGCUGUAUGCGCAGGUUUCAGCUGCUUGGACGUUUGGGGAUAUAGGGAGGGCACCGGCUCGAGAGUGCUGGCAGUUGGCUUGAACAGGGUCACGAUCUCUCAUCGCACUGCCGGGUGUCCAAAGGAGAGAAAAAAACUAAACAAAAAAACAAAGCACGUUGAGUGACAAAUCAAUGCAAUGCGACAGUGCAAUUUCAAAUCAAUCUCUCGGCACUCUUUGUUUGAAACACUAUGAGGCACUCCUCAGAUCUUUUAAUCACCUUUUACUGUCACAGAAACAAGUUCUUUCUUUUCGUAUAAUCCUUGUGCAUUUUUUUUUUAUGUAAUGGUGUGGUAGUUAGUGUGUUCAUAUUUCGGGCUGACAGGAGUUGUUAGCGAGAUAUCAGAUGCCGUUAUCAAAGAAACCACGAGAGGCCUGCUUCUCGCUGUGACACCGUUACAUGUACAUAAAAAAUAAUUAAGCUCUCCUUUAAAAGAAUCUUCAGCCGGGAGAGGAAAAAAAACAAUGUGAAGUAGGUUUCACGAGAUUUCCAUUUAUUUGCUGGCGUCGUCCCCAGGAGCUUUCUCAUGUUUCCGCCAUCACAGGCUUGUGUUUACCAGAGCAACGUGGAAUGUGUUUUGUCAAAUGUAGGACAGAGGUGCUUGUAAAUACUUAUACAAAAAACGAAACAGAAAAAAACUAUUACAAACACUUUGUAACAUAUAUCACUGGCUACUGUAAUUUCUGACCACUCUUGAACUGCAAACUGUGGAGGCGUAUGGAGUGGAUGACUUGGGUUGGAAGGCGAUGUAAUGUCCAGGACUACUUUGGAGUCAGAAACUCACUGUUUCUUUUCUUCCGCAGGUGUAUAUUUGUGAAGCCUUUUUAAGAGAGAGAGAGAGAGAGAAAAUGAAAAGAAAGAACUCAGCGGAGAGAAAACCUUCAAGAGCUUAAAACUAAGCCAGACAGAAAACAAAGAGAAAAGAAAAAAACUGUUCAGAAGCACUUAGUUAAGCACACAAAGAAGGACCUGAUAAAACUCUUACUCAGAGCCACAACUGUUAUUCUGAGUUCUGAGCUAAGUGUGUAAUACGAAUAAAAAGCAGAAAUAUACUCUUCUCUUCUGCCAUGUCAGCAUCGAGCAAUCAUUUCAUAAGGAGGCCUGUGUUCAAUUAUGUGUAACACAAGCUGGGAAAAAAUGGUUGUCAGUAGAAACUUAAAACAGUUGUGAUUUCUUUGCACAGUUGAAUUGGGGAAAGUACCAGGACAAAUUGAAAGCAACACAAUCUUCCUAAGGGUAAUCAAUUUUCUGAUGUAUUAGCAGUAGACUAAACUUCAAGCUCAAAAAAUGUAUCCGCUCCGACAAUGUUUGGAGCAACACUCAAGGUUGCUAUGUAACAUUUUUUAAUGAGUAAUAAACAGUUUUAUAACAUAA